CUAUGGGCAAUUUAGUGUCCAGUUAAUGUUGUAUGGUUUUGGGAUGUGGGAAGAAACCGGAGUGACCGGAGAAAACCCACGCAGGCACAGGGAGAAAAUGCAAAUUCCAUAACUUGCAAACUCCAUACAGGCGGGGCUGGGAUUUAAACUGGGUCCUCAGAAUUGUGAGGCCAACGCUUUACAGCUGUCUCACAUAACAUGCCGCCUCUGUCUUUACCAUGAUUGAUAAAAUCAUUCGAAAAUUACCAUUAUAGACCUUCAUUAUAUUGAAGCAUCAAAAACAGCAUCUAGUAUUGGAAUUGGAUGUUUUAACGCAAACAAACAUCAAUGACCGUGACAAAUGCAAUCGUCACCUCCAUCUUCCUUGGGCGGGUCUAUUCUGUGUAAGUGCUACAGGGAUACCAAGAUGGAAAUCCAGGGGCUUUCACAUGCCGAAAACGUUCACUCGCAACAUGGCGCCACACGCACAGACACGUCGUCUGGCUUGGGACCAGUUAGUGGGUCAACGUAUCAUUUUACUUCCAAAGAAACUGAGGCAGAUCUACAAUCGGAAUCGCCUCAAUUUGGAAACGAGAACAUCAGAUCGAGAACAUAUCUGCUUCACAAACUGGCUGAAUAUGGGGGCGAGGUGGAUUUGUCACCAGUCAACAAGCUGCAUCUCAUCGACAAAAACAAUAUACCGGACCAGAAUGAGACACUUGGUAACAUGAACACAGAGCAAGACAACUGCAACCACGACAUAUUAAGUACGUCGAAUAUUGUUCAUUGUGGCCGGAGAGCUGAAGUGGGGAACUUGGAUUUAAUAUUGCAAAUGGCGCCGACUCCAGCAGAAGGGGAAGAGGAACCGACGCCUCAGCAUCGGCUGACGUUACCGUUUCCACUUUUACCGCAUCGGCGUGGGAACAGGGGCUCCGAGCAGCCCUCGCUAGCCAAACACAGCACGAAUGGGGCAGAUACAAUUACUUCAAAGGAGAGCAAAGACAACACUAAAGAACUAGUUCUAGUUUUCAACGUAUUUAAGGAUGAUCAAAAUUGUGAUGCAAACAAAGAUGGACUGCGCUCAUCGUCUCAAAUGAAAUCGUGGAACAAAAUGAAAACAGCAGGACCUGUGUUCUCUCCAGCGACUUCCCAUGAGCCCAUGGAGGUUGGAAACGCGAGUAAUUGUCACCUUAGCUCUUUCAAAGAGCACCCAAAUCGGCUAGAUUCACAUGAUUGGAAAAAUACGGACGUGGAUAAUUAUGUGAAUGUUUCUUCAAACAAGGUCUGUACUCAACAAUCCCACUAUUACCGUACUGUCGAGGAUGUUGUUUUGACCAACAAAUAUGGCGAGAAGAUAUGUGGCCAGAUAUGUAAUGAAAACAGUGAAGGAAAGGCGUCGGGGGAGCUUCCCUUCCAGGGACGUAAUGAUGAGUUGAUUUCAAUGAAUUCGGACAUUGUGGAAACUAUGGAGGCCUCGCAGUUGAUUUUGGAAUCUGCGAGACUUGAUGACGCUGCAAACUCAAGUAGUCUUGUCUCAGGUAUGGAUGCCAAUGAAACCUUUUCUGGAACCAUUAUGAUAAACAAUCAAACCAUAAUUGUAACCAUAGAGAAUGGAACAUUGACACUGGCUGCCCCAUCUGACGGAUAUGUUCACAAAGAGGACGAUUUGGUCAGUUUAAAGGAACAUUUAGGAGUGAAAGAGGAUAGAGAGAUUGUCCUUCUCAACUAUGAUAGUAGCACUAAAGCAAUAGGAAAGAUCAGCGCAUUAGCAUGUUCCAGUAACCAGGAAGAAGUCAGGCCAGGGGUGCCUGUACGUGACUCUGAGCAGUCUCUAAUGGACAACAUGUCUUUGCCCACCUUGAGCACUUCUCUUCACUGCUUUCCCAUUAUCAAGAAGGAGGCAGGUGUCCUGCAUGAAAUAACCGAGGUGGAUAUGGUUACAUCACCUAAACCUACCAUAACAAACAAACACUUUAAAUGUGGAGCCCUCUCUUGGACCAACAAUGGGAUAGCAGUUUCUUUUGCCUGCCCAAAAAUGGGCUGCUCCUGUGCUUUUGAUACAAGGCAAAAACUGAGGGUUCAUCUCCUGAACCAUGCAGAAGACCCACGCCCCUACCAAUGUACAUUAGAAGGCUGUGGCUGGGCGUUUGCCACAUCCUAUAAACUAAAGCGGCAUCUUCAGUCCCACAACAAGCAACGACCACAUACUUGUCAUUUUGAAGGCUGUGGCCGAUGUUUCACCACAGUGUACAAUCUAAAGGCUCAUACCAAAGUCCAUGAGCAAGAUGAUACCUUCAUUUGUGAGAUCUGUAAUGAAAGGUUCCGCAGUGCAGCACGACUUGGCAAUCACCAAAGAGUCCACUUUGAGCCACAGAGGCCCCACAAGUGCGAGUUCCCAGGUUGUGAGAAAACCUUCAUCACCUUCAGCGCCCUCUACUCCCAUAAUCGCACUCACUUCAGAGAAACAGGCCAUUUCACCUGCACCUAUCCAGGAUGUGCCAAGAUGUAUGACAAGGCUUGUCGACUCAAGAUCCAUUUGCGAAGUCACACCGGUGAGAGGCCAUUUGUUUGCGACUCAGAAGGGUGUGGCUGGUCCUUUACAAGCAUGUCAAAAUUGCUCCGUCACAAACGAAAACAUGAUGAUGAUCGUCGCUUUGUCUGCACUGAGGAAGGUUGUGGGAAAUCCUUUACCCGAGCAGAGCACCUCAAAGGUCACAGUAUCACUCAUCUUGGCACCAAGCCCUUUCAUUGCCAUGCUGAAGGUUGUAAUGCUAAAUUUUCAGCUCGCAGCAGCCUCUACAUCCACACCAAGAAACAUAAGCAGGACGCAAGCACACUUCGUACUCGAUGUCCUGUGGCCACCUGCUCCAAGCACUUCUCCUCCCGCAGCACUCUUAAGAGUCACAUGCUUAAACAACACCAUCUUAGCCCUGAUGUUAUGAAGCAGAUGGAGACCACACCCACACUGACCCCUAGCAGUGAGCUAAUUAGCCCCACUCAAGUAACAAUUUCCGGGCCAACUAUUCCUGGGAGUGACCAGCUGAUGAACUUGGACCUCAGCUCACUUUUCUCUCUGUCUGGAACCACAACAUCACCGGCUGGUGCUGGUGUUGGGAUUCCUUUUGGUGGGAACAACUUAAACUCCAGUGGAAAUUUCACUAUGGACCUCUCCAUGGUCAGCUCAGGCAUCCUUACUGUUGACCCGUCUACAGUUGGCACACCACUUUGCACUUCUAACAGCACCACAUUUGCAAGGCCCGUGGACUCUCUCAUACUGGCACAGAGUAUUGAAAUGGGUCCCCAUAACAGUUUGGGUGGCACAGUGGGGGAUGUUUUACCCCCUCAGGGCACCCUCAAUCUUGAUGAUGUGCAGAGUGUCACACCAGAGGCUUUGGGCACACUUACAUCUCUCUCCAUGCAGGGUACCUGUGCACUUCCAGACCCCACACUUCAGCACCCUCUCAGGUCUUCCAGUGCUCUUGGCGUAGAACCCACAGCCUCCUUGGCAGUUGCCCCAGUUUCACAACUGGUGCGCUCACCUGCGAAGAUGGUGGAGAAUGGUGGCUCUGCAAGGACAGACUACAGAGCAAUUCAGGUGGCCAAGAGGAAGAAGCAGAUUUGCCCUUCAGUCUCUGGGUCUUCUGGAUCGACUCAGAGAAAACCAAAAGGAGACAAAUCCGCUCAAUCUAGUGCUCACUAUGAUGACAGAGAUGCAGCUCCUUAUGGGGGUCUAAACUCUGUCACUGGGGCUCAGUUUGUUCAAAUUCAGCUACUACAGUCAAAGAGAGAUGAAGAAUGUUAUGCAGCCUUUCAGAAAGAGGUGAGACAGGCUCUCAAUGGACAGGAGGAGCUCCCGGAAGACUGGACUACUCCAGCCAAGGAUGACCCAACAAGUGAGGGUGAUAUAGCCUUUCAGCUCAGCUCCCAGCCCUCAGCCUCUCAUUCUCAGCUCACCGGUGACCUUCCUGUCAACAUUUUACAGAUCCUCUUUGAUGCAAAACAGAAAACAAACUUUCACAUUUUCUCACAGGAAACCAUGGUAAUCACAGAGGAAAACUGUGGCUCUGACAACUCUCAAUUCACAGGAAGCACAAUCAACCUCCAAGACCUAGAGUGACCGAUCACAGGUUACUCCUUCCAUGCCACUGGAUAAUAUUUACAUCAAAAAAAUGCAGCCAAGUUUGACCAAUCUUUUCUAUGCAGUUAGUGUGACUUUAGUGUUGACUUAAAAAAAUAUAAUCCAUCCAUCCAUUUUGUACUGUAGUAGGAGAAUUUGAACUUAAUCCCAAUUUACUUUGUCGAACAGGAAGGAUUUGGUCAAACCCAUUGAUAAUGUACCUGAAGAAAAAAAUGAAAUAUGGUCCUAUUGUUUCUAUUAAGACAGGUAUCCUGCAAUUUUAGAAACUGAAUGUAAUUCAAGACAGAACACAAAUGUAAUUUCAGCAUACCAGUAUAUUAGAUGCCCUGGUAUAAUUCCUUCUCGUCAACAGAGACUAACAUCAUGAUGAGGGUGAAAAGUUGUAAUUAAAAAUGAGCUUUCAUAACUUGAGUAAUUGACUCAUAUUUUUGUUCACCCUAAGUCCAUUCAAACAGUUUUACAUGUCAACUGACUUCAGAAAUCCAGUUUCCAAAUUUUCCACGAUUUCCAUUUCUAAUAAUUGUUUGUGAACUUUUGUAAAGCCACAGGAAGUUUAAGCUUUAAAAUGAAUUGUGUAAUGAUGAGGAUGUAGAUUCAUGAAUAGAAUUUUAUUAAGGUGUCUUGAGUGAUUAUUACAAACUCAAUUCCAAUGAAGUUGGGAUCUUGGAUGAAACAUAAAAACAGAAUAUAAUGAUAUGCAAAUCAUGUUCAACUUUUAUUAAACUGAAUACACUUUAAAGACAAGAUAUUUAACAUUCAAACUGAUGAACUUUGUUUUUAGUAAAUCAUGAACUGAGAAUCUUAUUGCUGCAGCACAUUCCAAAAGAGCUGGGACAGGGUCAUGUUUACAACUAUGUCGCGUCGCCUUUUCUUUUAACAUUAAAUAAACAUUUGGGAACUCAAGACACUACAUAUUGAAUCUUUGCAGGUGAGAUUCUUUCCAAUUCUUGCUUCAAGUACAGCUUCUGCUAUUCAACAGUCCAGAGUCUCCGUUGUUGUAAUUUAUGCUUCGUAAUGCACCACACAUUUUCAAUGGGAGACUGGUCUGGACUGCAGGCAGGCCAGUAGAGUACCCGGAGUCUUUUACGACAAAGCCACGCUGUUGUAACACCUACAGAAUGUUGUUUGGCAUUCUUCUUCUUCUUCUUUUCCUUUCGGCUUGUCCUGUUAGGAAUCACCACAUCGUGUCAUCUUUUUCCAACUAAUCCUAGCUUCUGCAUCUUCCUCUAGAACACCAACGGCCCUCGUGUCUUCCCUCACAUCAUCUAUCAACCUUCUCUUUGGUCUUCCUCUCGCUCUUUUGGCUGGCAGCUCCAUCCUCAGAACCCUUCUACCAAUAUACUGACUCUCUCGCCUCUGGACAUGUCCAAACCAUCAAAGUCACUUUCUUGAACGUUGUCUCCAAAACAUUCAACUUUGGCUGUCCCUCUAAUGAGCUAAUUUCUAAUCCUAUCCGACCUGCUCACUCCAUGUUCAUUUCUGCCACUUUCAGCUCUGCUUCCUGUUGUGUCUUCAGUGCCACGGUCUCUAAUCCAUACAUUAUGACUGGCCUCACCACUGUUUUAUAAACAUUGCCCUUCAUCCUAGCAGAAACUCUUCUGUCACAGAACACACCAGACAACUUCCACCAGUUGUUCCAACCUGCUUGGACCCCUUUCUUCACUUCCUUUACACACUCACCAUGGCUCUGAAUUGUUGACCCCAAGUAAUUGAAGUCUCUAUCCUUACUAUGUCAUCUCCCUGGAGCCUCACUCUUCCCCCUUCACCACUCUCAUUCACACAUGUAUAUUCUGUUUUACUUCAACUAAUCUUCAUUCCUCUCCUUUCCUGUGUAAUCCUCCAUCUUUCUAAUUGUUCCUACACCUGCUCCCUACUUUCAUUACAGAUUACAAUAUCAUCUGCAAACAUCAUGGUCCAAGGGGAUUCCAGUCUAACUUCAUCUGUCAGCCUAUCCAUUACCACAGCAAACAGGAAGGGGCUCAGAGUUGAUCCCUGAUGCAGUCCCACCUCCACCUUAAAUUCUGCUGCCACAGCUUCAGAACACCUCAGCACUGUUCUGCUGCUCUCAUACAUGUCCUAUACUAUUCUGACAUAUUUCUCUGCUCCACCUGAUUUACGCAUGCAGUACCACAGUUUUUCUCUUGGCACUCUUGUCAUAGGCUUUCUCAAGAUCCAUAAAGACACAAUGUAGUUCCUUCUGACAUUUCUGUACUUUUCCACCACCAUCUGUCCCUCAAAGUUCCUUUUCUGUAUGUCAUACUUAACCAUCACUUCUUUGUCGCCCCUGUUUUCUUUAACAUGUCCAUUACAAUCUGCACAAAUCACAACUCUCUCACUGUCUGGGAUGCUCAGAACUACUUCAUCUAUUCAAUUUCUCUUUCAACUCUCGGUCACAUCCUAACAGUGGCAGACAGCCGCGAAUCACAUUAUCCAUAACACCCUCAAUUUCAAAUUUCAGCCUCAUCACUCGAUCUGAUAUUCUUUUCUUUCUUCUUUUCCAAGACAUUCUUAGCCCGCUCUUCCUUUAAAAUAAUCCCUACUCCAUUUGUCUUCCCUUCUACUCCAUUGUAAAAUAAUUUAAAUCCUGCUCCUAGACGUCUAGCCUUACUACCUUUCCACCUGGUCUCUUGGAUGCACCAUAUAUCUACCUUUCUCCUAAUCAUCAUGUCAAACAACUCCUGAGCUUUUCAUGUCAUAGUCCCAACAUUCAAAGUCUUACACUCAGCUGUAGGCUCUGUGAAUUCAUCUUCUUCUUCUGCCGAUGAAUCCCCUGUCCUCCUUUUCUCUGGCUUCAACCCACAGUACCUGAAUUUCCACCGACCCCCUGCAGGUUAACAGUGCCGGUGUGAUGGUCUGAACGAUCCCGGUGCUGAAUAAUCUCCUUAUGAUUAAUGUGCAUACAAGUGUAUUUUGUAAACUUCCGGCCAGUCUAAAACAUCCAUCCAACAUUAGGAUAUAACAUAUGUUAGCUCCCUCUAUUUAGAAGGAGAACUAUGACACUGGGGUAUUUCCCAGUAUGCGUCUUCUACGUACCCAGAAUUGCCCUGUUAGUAAUGCAUGCGGAUUAAUCACAAGGAGAUUUUACACCAUGGGGGACCGUUCAGAUCAUCACACCGAGCCGGGCGUUGUUAACCAGAGCCAUGACCGGUCCGGUAUAGUAUUCUUUAGAUCUUCUUUUUUCUUUUGGCUUGUCCCAUUAGGGGUUGCGAUAGCGUGUCAUCUUUUUCCAUCUAUGAAUGCUCAUAUUUAUUUGUCACAGUUUUACGCUGGAUGCCCUUCCUUAUGCAACCCUCUGCAUUUAUCCGGACUUGGGACCGGCCUAGAGACUGUACUGGCUUGUGCUCCUGUAGGGGUGCAUUAGAAUGUGUUUAAGCAUUAUUUUGCUGAAAUAAGCACAGGGGUCUGAAAAGUUACCCAUGCCACUGGCACGAACACAGCCCCAUCCCAUCAUAGAUGCUAGCUUUUGAACUUUGCGUCCAUAACAGUCCAGAUGGUUCUUUUCCUCUGGGCGGAGGACACAACAUCCACAAUUUCCAAAAACAAUUUGAAAUGUGGACUUGUCGACCACAGAACACUUUUCCACUUUGCAUCUGUCCAUCUUUGAUCAGCUCGGGUCCAGAGAAGCUGGCGGUGUUUCUGGGUCUUGUUGUAUGUGGACUUGUCAACUACAGUUUUUGAUGCAGUGCCGCCUGAGGGAUCGAAGGUCACGGGCAUUUAAUGUUGGUCUUCGCCCUUGCCGCUUCCAUGCAGGGAUUUCUCCAGAUUCUAUGAAUCUUUUGAUGAUAAUAUGGACCAUAGAUGAUGAAAUCCCUAAAUUCCUUGCAAUUUUAUGUUGAGGAAAUUUGUCCUUAAAGGCUUCAACUAUUUUCUCGCACACUUGUUCACAAAGCGCUGAACCUCGCCCCAUCUUUGCUUGUGAAUGACUGAGCAAUUUUGGGAAGCUCCUUUCAUACCAAAACAUGGCACCCUAACCUGUGUUUUUGUUCCAAAGAGGUGUUUGAUUACCAUUCCUCAACUUUCUCAGUCUUUUUUGCCAAGUGUCCUAUCUUUUUUUGGAAGGUGUUGCAGCUGUAAAAUUCAAAGUUAAUAAUUAUUUGCUAAAAACAAAGGUUAUCAAUUUGAAUAUUAGAUCUCUUUGUAGUGCAUUCAACAAAAUAUAUGUUGAACAUGAUUUCCAAAUCAUUGUAUUCUGUUUUUGUUUAACAUGACGUCCCAACUUAAUUGGAAUUGAGUUAGUACAGAUAUUUAUACCACCAAACUCAUGUAUGUGUGAGUGCCAUUGGGAGAGCAUAUGCAUCACCUUUACACACACGCAUAUUUAUGUACUUGUAUACGUACACACACAUUGAAGACGAAAAUCAAGCAUUUAUGUCUGUUCCAAAACAAAACACAAAACCGUUUUACUAUUAAACAAUACUUUCCAAAUGUUCCAUUUUUGGAUUUUGUUUUCAAACGGACUAAACAUUCUUUCAUUUCCAGUGAUUAUUUCAGUUUUGCUCAGUAAGUCUUGUACGAACACUUUUUUAAAAUUCUCUUUCUCUCAUGUUAUACGCACCCUCUUUUCCUUGAGUUUUUUUUUAAUUUCCUGAAAGGGAACUGUUCCUUUCUUUACACAAAAUGUGUGCUAUUUUACAGUCAACCAGAUCUUUAAAUUCCGAUGCCCGUGAUUUUAAAUAAAUAAAUA